CCCCCCAACUCUCCGCUCAUUCCACCACCCAUCCCACCCAUCCUCCACCCCAAAGCCGCCGCUCCGAAUAUCCUCGCCCAGCUUCCUCACCCCAUAUCACCGCCGACUACCUCUCCGACGGCGACAACCUCGUCCGCUCCUUCGCAAUAACCUCCAACAACCCUCGCCGACGCACAUCCCCAUCGGUGACGGCUACAACGUUACCACGGCCUGUCCGCCGCCCCUCGAACCUCCCUACCCAUCACGACCUCAUCACAAACUCCCCGAAUCAUGUCCUCCGCAACACCCUCCUCCUCCUCCUCCUCCGCCUCAUCCGGCUCCUCCGCUCCUCCACCACCAACACCCUCAACAACCGCACCGCUACCCACAACCACAACAACCACAACCACAACCACAACCUCGACCUCCGUCAAACGCGCCUGCGACGCCUGCCAUCGCCGAAAGGUGAAAUGCGACGGCCUCUCCCCCUGCCGCAACUGCUCCUCCGCCCAGCUCGCCUGCACAUACAACGCCAUCCCACAAAAGAAGGGCCCCAAGGGCUCCCGCGCAAAAGUCAUCUCCGAGCUGCGCGAGCAGAACCGCCAGUCCGCCCUCUCCUCCAAGGCGCACGCGCGCCUGCUCGCCGGGAAUGCCUUCGCCAGCCCGCCACCGCUGUGCGCGCCUACGCUCGCUCCGACGCCCGGGUUGUUGACAAAUGAGAUCGUAGCCCAGUGUAUCGAUUUCUUCUUCGUGAAUAUGUACCCCACGAUCCCCAUCCUACAUCGCGGGAAGCUGGAGGCGCAGGCGAGGUUCGCGGAUAGAGAUACGGAUACGUAUUGUUUGCUCACGUCGCUGUGCGCGUUCAUGCUCAUCCAGCCGGGGAUGCCGGUGCCGGGUGACCCGAUGGGGCUCGAUAGCAUGCCCGGUGCGAAUCUGAUGAGCGGGACGAUGCUGAUGGAGGAGACGAUCCGCGUAAGGAAGGGGUAUGACCACCUCGAGUCGCCGACGCUGGGGAGUCUGGCGACGAGCUACUUCUUGUUCGGCUGCUACUUUGGGCUGGAUCUGCAUAAUAAGGCGUGGUUCCAUCUGAGGGAGGCGACGACGCUCGCGUUGAUUUUGGGGAUGAACAAGGAGGAGUCGUAUGCGCAGUUUGAUGUGAUUGAAUCGUCGAGGAGGAGACGGUUGUAUUGGCUGUUGUUUGUGGCUGAGAGAUCGUAUGCUCUGCAACGACACCGUCCACUCACUCUCCCAUCGACUAUUGAGCUUCCUACCGCGAACGACGAUCCGACAGAACACUCUGCCCCACUUACUGGCUUCAUCCACCUCGUCACCCUCUUCAAGCCUUUCGACGACAAGUUCGUCGCUCUCUGGAACAAGACACGCGACGACUGCUCUCCAGCUUACCUGUCGGCUCUGCAGAAGCAGCUUUCGGACGCACUUCCCGCAUACCUCAACAGCACCGAGUCCCAGGCUGCUGAGCUGCGCAUCAACCAGCAGUGGCUGCGCAAUGUGGUCUGGCAGUUGGGUAUCUCGAACGGGUGCGUCAGCAGCGGCAACGACGACCCGAGCAUGACAUUCCAGUAUCCGGUCGAGAUCUCAAGAGACCUCAUCGCGAUGACCGCAGGCUUCUCCCCACAUUCGAUAGAAGUCCACGGCGUAGGACUGGUCGAGAAACUCUUCGACGUAGCCUACUCCCUCACCGACGUCCUCUCCGUCACCCCACCCCCCGCCGACCCCUUCGCCCCCGCCCCAACCGACUACCUCAACCAAUUCCUCUUCCUCCUCUCCUCCCUCCGCAACGGCGACACCCGCUUCCGCCCCCUCCUCAUCGCCAAGAUCCACGACAUCCUCCCGCGUCUCGUCACGCCCAUGCUGCAGACCCUGCCCGAGCCUUCAUCGGGUAUGGGUCCAGGCGCCGUGGACAUCUUUGACGGUUUCGGGAAUGCCGGAAUGGGCGUGCCUAGCCUGCCACGGCAACAGCAGCAGCAGCAGUAUGACGCGAAGCCAUACGACAAUGAGCAAUACGACGUCAAGCCCUACGACGUCAAACCCUACGACCCAAAACAAUACGACAUCAAACCCUUCGAAAACAAACGCCUCGACGACGUCACAUCCGCCGUCCACGCACACCCACACCACCACCAACAACAACAGCAGCAACACGCACAACACACGCACACGCACACACCCCCCCAACCCCCUCUCCUAGGCCAAGAACCCCUCCCGCCGUUUCAACCUGAACAACAUCACCAGCAACAGCAGCAGCCGCAAACUCCAGCGCCGUAUCAGGCUAUGCAUACACCGCUUGAUUACGCGCCGUUGACGGAUUAUGGGUUCAUGUCUCACUCGAGGACUACAUCGCAACAGCAGCAGCAACAACAGCAGCAGCAGAGGCCCGGGAUGGGAGUUGGGCAGGGGAGUGGGGUGUUUGGUCAUCAUACGCAACAGCAGGGCGAUCAGCAGGGGCAGGGCCAGCAGCAUCAGUGUCUGGGGUUGGAACAGCAUGAUAGCGGGUUUGGGGGACUGGGGUUGGUUGGGGUGGUGGGGGUGGUGGGGGUGGGGGGUGUGGGGGGUGUGGGGGAGCAUUUGCAGUAUAGGUAGUGGAUGGGGCAGGGGAAGGGGAAUUUAGGCCGAGCUCCCGAGACGAAAGGGAAGAAGAGUGGAUGGAUGUAGAUGAAUGUGGGAUUACGGAACCACGACCACGAAAGAUAGGCGGAAGGUGGAUGGGUGUAAUGCACACGCGAACAUGGGGAGGAAAACAAAGAUACCUCACCCACGUACGGUGGCCGGGCGAUGGACGCUCUCUUAUACCGAGCCCAUCCAUCCGUCAAGCCGCUCCCACCCACCGACGGAUAGACGGAUGCGCGACGCAUCGUCGCACCGCAUCAUCCAAAUCAUUGCUCACGCUCCCUCCUACAUUGGGGGGGAGGCAAACUCCAACGAGAAAAAAUAAACAAAAGGAAAGGGAAACCGAUCAGGACACGGGAACAACAACACAGCCAAGGAGUUAUCAAUGGGAAACAGGCUCAUUUUGUAAGGGAUAUAUUUGGGAAUUGAAAUUUAUCAAUCAGCUAGCUACGCGACUAUUUUAUUGUUUUUUUGUGUUGUUUGUCAUAACGUGGGAGCCCAGUCAUCGUCAUGGCCUUUUUUUUAUAGUAUUCUUCAAGGUUACGGAUGCGUUUUAGGGGUGGGCGGGUUGGAGUUUUUUUGACACUAGGAUGGAAAUUGGAAAGGGGCCCUAGAAGGAGGGAAAGGGAUGAAAUGAAUGAAAGUUAUUCCUCUCGUAUAUCUAUGUCUGUGAUAUUGAAUAUAGCCC